AUGACACCUCCGAAUGAUGCCCUAGUUUGGAGCAACUGUCGCUAUACUUUAAAAGAACCUAGGAGAAGGAACGAAAUACCUCUUUAUCCUAAAAAAAAAAUUGAAGCAAACAAGGAUAAGAACAACAACUCACCUCUAAAAAAAAAAGGUGAGAUUACCGACAAUAUUUUUGCUAAACCGAAAUGUAAAAAUAAGUUAUGUAAUCUUUACAUUGAAGCCUUAGAAAAAAAAGUUGGUAUGCUUUUUGAUUUAGUUGCAGAGUAUGAAAAAGAUAAAGAUAUGAUUGAAGAAGAAGACAACAAACCAAGGACAAUUACUUCUUUGAUAACUGGUCUAGUAACUGAAAAGAAAUUAAGACAUAAUCUAAGCCCAGAUUCUACUCGCGAAAAUGGUCCGAAACAUAAUGACCGAACUAUUCGAUUUACUCUAGCCGAUGAAAAAUAUGAAUUUAAAUGUGAGAAAAGGUGGGGGAUAAAUCUAGUAGAAAUAGUAGGGUUUAGAAAUUUGUCUGCUAACUCAAAAGAAUUCAAAUAUUACCUAACCCAUCUCGCAAGAGAUAAUCC